CAUGGUCAAAUAGAAUCCAACAUGGCUGCUCACAUGUCAAGAUUAAGGGGCUUGAGCCGAGCACAGAGGUAUGGCAUCGCAGUAUGCAGGCAGUACAGCAGUGGCAAUGUGUAUCCCAGUGUGUCUCUGUCCACACCGCUACCCGGGAUUCCCAAACCUGUCUUCGCCUCUGUGGACGGCCAUGAGAAAUACGAGACUAAAAUCACCACCUUAGAAAACGGACUUAAAGUUGCAUCUCAGAACAAAUUUGGUCAAUUCUGUACAGUUGGAAUUUUAGUAAACUCAGGCUCACGUCAUGAAGCAAAAUAUCCCAGUGGAAUUGCACACUUUUUGGAAAAGCUCUCAUUUUCUUCUACAGCCCAGUUUGGAAGUAAAGAUGAAAUUCUUCUAACACUUGAAAAACAUGGAGGCAUAUGUGACUGCCAAACAUCCAGGGAUACAACAAUGUAUGCGGUUUCAGCUGAAGUGAAGGGUCUGGAUACUGUAGUGAACCUCCUGUCAGAUGCGGUUCUACAGCCCCGUUUAUUAGAUGAGGAGAUUGAGAUGACCAGAAUGGCUGUUCGGUUUGAGUUGGAGGAUCUGAACAUGAGACCUGACCCUGAGCCUUUACUAACAGAAAUGAUUCAUGCUGCUGCAUACAGGGGCAACACCGUGGGCCUGCCUCGCUUCUGCCCUGCUGAAAAUGUUGAGAAGAUCGACAGGAAGCUGCUUCAUAAGUACCUACAGAGCUAUUACUGUCCAGAGCGUAUGGUGCUGGCCGGGGUUGGGAUUGAACAUGAACAGCUUGUUCAGUGUGCUCGGAAGUAUCUCCUAAAUGUUAAACCAGUAUGGGGUGUGAGCACACCUGCCAACGUCGACCGAUCUGUAGCACAAUACACAGGUGGCAUUGUUAAGAUGGUGAAGGACAUGUCAGAUGUGAGUUUGGGUCCAACACCCAUUCCUGAACUAACACACAUCAUGAUUGGGCUGCAGAGCUGUUCCUUUUUGGAGGAUGACUUCAUCCCUUUUGCAGUCCUCAAUAUGAUGAUGGGAGGCGGAGGCUCCUUCUCUGCCGGAGGGCCUGGAAAAGGCAUGUUCACCCGUCUCUACCUUAAUGUACUCAACAGGCAUCACUGGAUGUACAAUGCUACGUCGUACCACCACAGCUAUGAAGAUAGUGGUCUGCUGUGUAUCCAUGCAAGUGCAGACCCUAGACAGGUGCGAGAAAUGGUGGAGAUCAUUACAAGGGAGUUCAUUCAGAUGACUGGGACAGCAGGAGAAAUGGAGCUAGAGAGAGCGAAGACACAGCUGAAAUCCAUGCUCAUGAUGAAUCUGGAAUCACGACCGGUCAUCUUUGAAGAUGUAGGUCGACAAGUACUUGCCACAGGCAAGAGGAAGCUGCCGCAUGAACUGUGUGAGCUCAUCAGUAACGUUACAGCCAGUGACAUAAAGAGAGUUACAACAAAAAUGCUGCGUAGUAAGCCUGCGGUAGCAGCGCUGGGAGAUCUGACAGAGCUGCCCUCCUACGAGGACAUUCAAGCCGCUCUCUCGAGUAAAGACGGACGUCUGCCUCGCAUAUACCGCCUGUUCCGAUAGGAGACAGACAGCUGGCGCCAUCUAGAGGCAAACAUGAGAACUGUCCCAACAAAUAUUACUGAAUGGAAUUUAAGUGCAAUGUUAGAAAGACUGUGGUUGCAUUUCACCCGUUUAAAACGUGACUUUAAAGCGGUAGUUCAUUCAAAAAUUGUCAUUAUUUACUCACCUUCAUGUCAUUUAAAAACUGUAGGACUUUCUGUUGUGGAACAUAGAAGAUAUUUUGAAAGGUGCUGGGUUUUUUUGUUCAUACAGUGUAAAUCAAUGGACUCCAGUGGAUUUGGUUCUUCAAAACAUCUUCUGUCCCUUAAAUUUUAAAUGCUGGGGUGAUAGCUGAGUGUAGAUUCACACACCAUUGCAUUAUUUUACAUGAUGUUGUUGAACUCUCAUUUAAAAGAAAAAUAAUGUGCUAAUUUCACACAAUUUUACAUGCUAUUUGUUCACAUUUCUGCAUUGUUGUUCAUAGUCUGAUUUCCUGUGUAAAGCUGGACAAACCCAAAUGAUAUUCCACACAUCAUGUCAUUUUUCAGAAAGCUCCACACAACCUUACCCUAACAGUGAAAACAGUGUAUAUAAUAAUAAUCCUCUGUUCUCUUGCUAAAUCACUGUUAACGUGAAACUCUGAUGACUAAUUAACAGUGGGUUUUUUUUUUUCAAAAUAAUGUAUGUUUAGCUGUUUGUGUUGGAUUACCCUUCAAGAAUAUAUUUAUUCCCUUGUACUUCAUGUGUACAAGUUUACUGAUCCAUUUUAUUCAUUGUCGCCUGUGAUGGCAAUGGUUGAAUCUGUCAUAAGCAAAAACCUUUAUCUUCCCUUAAAAAAUAAAAGUGAUCUUUUGUGUA